UGUCUUGUUGGGAAAGAAACGAGAAAUCCAACAAGAAUCUAUAAAAGAAAUCGAGCGUGAAAAAGAAAAAGGAAAAACAAAUUCAAAUCUGAGAGAAAAGACGGAAUGGCCGGCAUGGAAAGACUGCACCGGAUGUUCGCCGGAGCCGGCGGAGCCCUAGGCCACCCGCCGCCCGACUCCCCUACGCUCGAUUCCUCCGAACAAGUCUACAUCUCUUCUCUUGCCCUUCUCAAGAUGCUCAAACACGGUAGAGCUGGGGUGCCGAUGGAAGUAAUGGGUCUGAUGCUUGGGGAGUUUGUGGACGAGUAUACGGUUCGUGUGGUGGACGUUUUUGCUAUGCCGCAGAGUGGGACUGGGGUCAGUGUUGAGGCCGUCGAUCACGUUUUCCAGACUAAUAUGCUUGACAUGCUCAAGCAAACUGGCAGACCUGAAAUGGUGGUUGGUUGGUACCAUUCACAUCCAGGAUUUGGAUGCUGGCUUUCUGGUGUUGACAUCAAUACUCAACAGAGUUUUGAAGCUUUGAACCAGAGGGCAGUUGCAGUAGUGGUAGAUCCAAUACAGAGUGUUAAAGGGAAGGUGGUAAUUGAUGCCUUCCGUCUGAUUAACCCUCAAACCAUGAUGCUCGGUCAAGAGCCAAGGCAGACAACAUCCAACCUAGGGCAUCUUAAUAAACCGUCUAUCCAAGCUCUGAUUCACGGUUUAAACAGGCAUUAUUACUCCAUAGCCAUAAAUUACAGGAAAAAUGAACUCGAGGAGAAGAUGCUCCUAAAUCUUCACAAGAAAAAGUGGACAGAUGGUUUGACCCUUGAGCGGUUUGAUACCCACUCCAAAACAAAUGAGCAGACUGUUCAGGAAAUGCUAAAUCUGGCUAUGAAAUAUAACAAAGCAGUUCAGGAGGAGGAUGAGCUGCCGCCAGAAAAACUAGCUAUUGCUAAUGUGGGAAGGCAAGAUGCUAAGAAGCAUCUUGAAGAACACGUCUCAAAUUUGAUGUCUUCAAACAUUGUCCAAACACUGGGGACGAUGCUUGACACUGUUGUCUUCUAGAUUUCGGAGUUGAAAGAGAAACUAUUGGCAGUAUGAUGCUAUAUGCCAGUUCGCAAUCAGUGGUAUCUUAUCUUCACAUUUGAUAAAAACUACAACUUAGCCUUAUGUUUUCAGUUCAAUGAAAUUCAUCAAUUUGUGUACCUUAAAACCGAAAUACGAAAUUCACCACUUAGACAUAUUUUUUCUAUUUAAUGAAGUUCGUCAUUUUGUGUACCGUGCAA